UGGGGUCUGUGAAAAUGGGAGUUGUCUGGUGGGUUUAGGGGACAGAGGCACAGGGGUUGGAUGGCCCAUGCCUCGCCCUCCCCUUCUUUUGGUAUAAGAACACAACCCAUUUCCCCCAAACGCCUUCAAACACAAACCCAUUUCAGAAGAAGGAGAAGCGGAAAUGAAGAUGAGCUUGAACGGCAGCGGAAGCUCGAAGAGAAGGAUUUCGUGUCCGAGUAGAGGAUUUGGAGGAGUUCUUAGAGAGCAAAGGGCUAAGCUUUAUAUUAUUAGAAGGUGUGUUGUCAUGCUUCUCUGUUGGCAUGACUAGAACUACGGAAUUUGUGGAGUGUAAAUAGAAGCACAGAUUUUGUUGUUACAGAUUUUUUUUGGUUAGAUUUGGGCUUGUUUUGGGUGUAUAAGAUGUGUAAAUUUAAUGCCAUCAAAGAUGAAUUUCUUGGGUUUGGUAUGGGUUUUGUUGAGGUUGGCCUCCAUCAAACUCACCACAUAUUCCGGGUUUAGUGCUUUACACACGAUCUUCUCUCUCUCGUUUCAGACAUUGAUGAUGAUGAUGAUGAUGAUGAUGAUUCAAAACCCCAACUGAAAAUCAUCACCAAAUAACUACUCUUUUCUACUAUUGUUUC